AUGGACACCGCGUACAUCGAGGGCUUAGCUGACCCUCAGGCUCCCCGUCAACGGUCUGCCCUGCAGGACGUGGUCACCCGGGAAUACACCAUCCACCUCCACACCCGGAUCCACGACCUCGCCUUCAAGAAGAAGGCACCCAAGGCCAUCAAGGCCGUCGUCAUCUUUGCGCAGAAGACCAUGGGCGUCAAGGACGUUCGCAUAUCCCCCGGACUCAACCAGGCCAUCUGGUCGCGUGGUGUCAAGUCCCCACCCCGCCGUGUCCGCGUCAGGCUCGAGAGGAAGCGUAACGACGACGAGGGAGCAAAGGAGAAGCUGUACGUGGUGGCGAGCGUGGUUGAGGGCGUGACGAACUUCAAGGGUCUCCAGACCGUUGUCGUUGAGGGCGACGAGUAG